AAAAUGGCAAACCUGCGGGUGGCCGUGGCAGUGAGGUUGCUGAUCUUCAUAUUAGCUCCGCUCGACGUGGCUGCCUAUGUCAGAGCGCUUCCUUACAAAAUCUACAACUUCACUACUAAGAUUGACCACUUCUCGUACCGCAACAACGCCACGUUCCAGAUGAGGUACAUCAUGGCGGAUAAGUAUUGGGACAAAAUGAACGGGCCAAUCUUCUUCUACCCAGGAAACGAGAUGAGAAUCGAACCAUUAGUGCACAGUACGGGCAUCAUGUGGGAAUGGGCACCGCGAUUCAAGGCUCUUCUGGUGUUCGCCGAGCAUCGCUACCACGGCCUGUCUCUGCCAUUCGGAAAUGACUCGUUUAAGGAUCUGGAGCACAUGGCGUACCUCUCCAGUGAGCAGGCCAUGGCUGACUAUGUCGAUCUGUUGACAUGGCUCAAAGAAAACCUUCCAGGAGCCAAGCACAGCAACGUGGUCGCUUUUGGCGGCUCUUACGGAGGCAUGCUGGCCGCGUGGAUGCGGAUGAAGUAUCCGCACAUCGUCACAGCUGCUCUGGCGAGCAGCGCCCCCUUCAGGAUGUUUCCUGGUCUCGGCUCCUGCGACCGGUUCUACAUAGGCGUGACGCAGGCAUUCGAGAAGUCGUCAUCUCGAUGCAGCAGAUUGGUGUCCGCCACCUGGCCCGUGCUCGACGAGCUCGGAUCAACACCGGAAGGCUGCGAGACGCUGCAGGCGAAGUUUCGCACUUGCCACACCCUGGCACCCAGCAAUUACCCGGAAUUCCGCGACUGGAUCCGAGACACAUACACGAUAUUGGCCAUGAUCAACUACCCGUUCGCCGUAACGUUCCUCGGACCCAUUCCGGCCCACCCUGUCAAGGCAACUUGCAAUAUCUUGCGUAGCGGGGCCAAAACUAAAGAAAGCAUGGUGGAUGCAGUCGCCAAAGUGAUGAACAUGGUGUACAACGGCACCGGAAAAAGCCCGUGCAGCGACGUUUACCGCACGGAAAAUAUGCACGCCUACCGGUUCCAGGAGUGUACCGAGCUUAUCCAUCCGACGUGUAGUGACGGCGUCAAGGACAUGUUCUAUCCUCAAGAGUGGGAUCCCGAGAAAUUCGCCGAAAGGUGCCGAAAAAGGUUCGGCGUUACGCCUGAUUUCGACGGGAUGAGCAAGAAGUACCCGCUCCCAGACCUCAAGAUGAUGUACGAGAUUUUCUUCAGUGACGGCGACAUGGAUCCAUGGGCUGUGCACAGUUUGACGGAAGUUCCCAAACGGUGGUACCAGCUGAUUAAAGGUGCCGCGCACCAUGUGGACCUACAGUUCUCGCGCCACGACGAUCCGGACUCGUACCGAAAUGCCAGGGGGAAAGCCAGGUGGAUCAUUGGCAUGUGGAUAGGGCGUAUAUGACUGCACUAGAUUUUAGCACGCUA